AUGGCUUCCUCGGAACACUGCCUCAUGUGCUUCGAGGCGCUCGACGCCCACCUGACUGACCGCAAGCCCCUCUCCCUCGACCGCCUGCAAGCGUCGUGGGCCAGCUACGUGAGCUCCGGCGCCAGCUCGUCGACGACACCAGCAGCAGCAGCACCGCUCAAGGACCCCAACCUCCGUCGCGUCGCCGCCGACACCGACUCCUUCUCGACGUCGUCGUCUUCCUCCUCCAACUCCUUGGCCUCCGCGUCCACGCCGGCCACGUCGACGUCGUCCCUCCCCCUCGGCGGCGCGCCGGCGUCCACGCCGUUGUUCGUCACUUGGAACACGGUCGAGGACGACGGCGACACCUCUCUGCGCGGCUGCAUCGGCACCUUUGAGGCCCAGCCGCUGGCCGUCGGCAUCCCCGAGUACGCCGUCAUCUCCGCCGUCCACGACUCGCGCUUCCCGCCCGUCACCCGCGCCGAGCUGCCCGAGCUGCAGGCCGCCGUGACGCUUCUCACCGACUUCGAGGAGGUCGACGACCCCUAUGACUGGGAGAUUGGCACGCACGGGAUCCGCCUCUCGUUCUACGACCGAGGCCGCCGCUACGGCGCGACGUACCUGCCCGACGUGGCAGCCGAGCAGGGCUGGACCCAAGACGAGACGCUCUUCAGCCUCAUCCGCAAGGCCGGCUGGAUGGGCAGCCGCAACAAGUGGAAGGACCUGGACCUCAAGGUGACGCGCUACCAGGGCAAAAAGCACAGCAUGAACCACGCCGAGUACAAGAAGUGGAAGGCCUGGGCUGCUUCCAACAAGCAGUGA